AUGCCUGACGUCAAGCGAUGGGUCAAGCUCGUCACCCACCAGAAGCCCAUCGCGGAGCCUUCGCCCGUUGAGGGCUACCCCAUGCGAUCAUGGAGCAUAGAGAUCUGGCUGCUAGAUGACCAGGGCAACGAGGUCAUGCCUAACGUCUUCGAGAAGGCUGUUUACAAUCUGCAUCCUUCAUUCGAGAAGAACAAGCACAUCAUCAAGAAGCCGCCGUUCCGCAUCGACGAGAAGGGUUGGGGUGAAUUCGACAUGACCAUCGUACUGACCGCCAUUGGCAAGGGCGGCGACCACACGCUCGACCACGACCUAAACUUCCAGGCAGAGCGCUACGAGGCCAAGCACCAAGUCACUUUCCGUAACCCCAAGCCCGAGCUACUCGCCCUCCUCGCAGAGUCCGGCCCCGCCGAAGCAAACGGAAUGCGCAACAAGGACCAGGCCAAGAAGAAGAACCGAAGGGACAAGAACGUGGACAUGGAGAAGCUUGCCGAUGGUCUGCAGAAGCUGGGCGAGGAUGAUCUUCUACACGUCGUCACCCUGGUACACGACAACAAGACUAGCGAGACGUACACUAAGAACGACGUUGAGAAUGGCGAGUUCCAUGUCGACCUCUAUACUCUACCCGAUUCCCUCGUCAAGAUGCUCUGGGACUUUACGGCGAGCAAGGUCGAAUUAUAG